GCUUGUAUUUUCAAAUGCCGACCUGCGCAUUGUUAUUCCCGCUCGCAUGUGAUUGUAGAGGUAAAGUCACGGUGAGAGUAGCAGCACCAAUGAACCUCACAUGCCUUGCCUGUGGCAGAGAAGUGAAGGUGGAAGUGAAGGUGACUGUCGUUUGGACGGCCCAGUUUCUCACACAUAUAUCUUUCUGCCUGCUCCUCAAAUCUUCUACUUUCGAACUACACUCCACCAUUUCAGUCUUCCGUUUUGACAACUCUCGCCCUCAUCCAAUCCGUUCCUCCACAGCUCUUUUCGAACAUCUUUUUUUUCACGAUGGAGAAUGACAGCCAGACUUCCUCAAGGAUGACGACCUCCGAGAUGGAGGAACACUCCACAAAUCCUCCCCCGAACCAACUGCACCUUGCAGCGAAGAAUUGUCAACUUCUCCUUGAACGUCUCGAUCGUUUCCUGGACGACGACACUCAGGACACGGCAGUGGAUGAAUCACAAGACACAAGAGCAAGGGAAUCACAAGAGACAGGAACAGAGGAACCAACAGCACUCGUGCCGCUUCCCGGGUUCCCAGCAUACGAGAGAUACGACUACCCCGGCAAGGGUUGUUUGGAUUGGGCGAAAGGCCCUAAGGAAUCACGACCCAGUGCGGGUGCGAGCGACCGGGCUCGAGCGUGCCCCAAUGAACACCCUUGGGGUGUGAUUUGGGUAGGCUCAGCAAGGAAGUCGUGCCCAGGAUGUGGCCAGCAGAUGCCAAAGCCCGUAGGUUCCAAGAGCGAACCCGUUGCAGUAUGGGAUAUCCCAUGUGAGGUAGGAAAUGAUGGCAAAGCUAUCAAGGGUACCGGCUUUGCGAUCCAGAUCAAGGACACAGGACGCAUGUCAAACUUGAGCAAACAAGGACCCAAGGACACGGCCAAGGAUGCUCGUGCGAGCCGUCACUAUAACGGCAUGGCAGCACGCCUGAAGCUUAUGUUGACGGAACAAGGACUUACCGAAGAAGAAGCGCAAUACCAGGCACGCUUCCCAUUUCAAUGGAAAGACGGGAACGCAAAAGCAGCACUGCAGUACAGGCUUGAGGCGUGGUACGCCCACGAGGAACCAGACACCGAAAGCACUGCAGUUCCCAACGACGAUCCCAACAACCCAUUUAUGGACUUGACCAUUUCGUCGCAAGACUCAGAUCAAUUCUCACUUCCUUCCAAUCUUUCAUGUAACGAUGCCGAGUCGGCCAGCGGCGACAACGAUGACGACAGUGAAGUUAACUUUUCAGACUCCGAUGAUGUCACCCAUGGACCGUUCCGACAUGACAUAAUCUUCCGACAGAUGCCAUCAAAUUGGGAGAAGAAGGGGGGUAUCUCGCGCGUAUGGUGGAUCACCAGAGAACAAAAGAAUAUAAUGUGGAGGAACGCAUUAAUGGAGUCGGAUCUACUAUCAAUCACAACAAACAGAAUCCCUAACUUUCUAUAUCACCUUGUGCCAAUGUUUGCACGUUGGACCAGCUUGGAGAUGGACUUGUGCCUAACAUGGCAUGUACGCUCCAUCUACACAGCAAGCCAAUGGUAUAAAAAGAGGAAUCGAGCGAACUUUCAAGCUCUUAUCAAGCUUCUCUUUUCGGAGGCUGUGCGUUGGAAAGAGUUGUUUGCGAUAGAUGAUAGCGACGACGAGGAUGAUGACGAGGAUGAUUCCAGCGACGAGGAUGAUGGCAACGACGAGGAUGGUGACGACGACUAGGAUGAUGGCAGCGACGUA